UGUUUUUCUUGCUCUGUAGCAACUCCUGGAUGAUUACCCAAAAUGUUUCAUUGUGGGAGCCGACAACGUAGGAUCCAAGCAGAUGCAGCAGAUCCGUAUGUCCCUGCGAGGGAAGGCUGUUGUGCUGAUGGGGAAGAAUACGAUGAUGCGCAAAGCUAUUCGUGGUCAUCUGGAGAAUAACCCUGCCUUAGAAAAGCUGCUCCCUCACAUCCGUGGGAAUGUGGGCUUUGUCUUCACCAAGGAGGAUCUGACUGAGAUCCGUGACAUGCUGCUGGCUAACAAGGUGCCAGCCGCUGCCCGUGCCGGUGCUAUUGCUCCUUGUGAUGUGACUGUGCCGGCCCAGAACACUGGUCUUGGACCUGAGAAGACCUCCUUUUUCCAGGCCUUAGGCAUCACCACGAAGAUUUCGAGAGGGACCAUUGAAAUUCUGAGCGAUGUGCAGCUCAUCAAGACCGGAGACAAAGUGGGUGCCAGCGAAGCCACCCCUAUCUCCCCCUUCUCUUUCGGGUUGGUGAUCCAGCAGGUCUUUGACAAUGGCAGCAUUUACAAUCCUGAAGUGCUGGACAUCACCGAGGAGACCUUGCACAAGCGCUUCCUGGAGGGUGUUCGCAAUGUUGCCAGUGUCUGUCUGCAAAUUGGGUACCCGACCAUUGCUUCUGUGCCCCACUCCAUCGUCAAUGGGUACAAGCGGGUCCUGGCUGUGGCAGUGGAGACCGACUACACCUUCCCACUGGCUGAAAAGGUGAAGGCUUUCCUGGCAGACCCCUCUGCUUUU